GUGGGCAGAAAGCCGGUAGGUUCCACUCAGGAAGCUCUUAUUUGACCGGGACGAUUUCAGAAUUAGAAGUCUGUUUGGAUCAUUUGAUCUGGAUCUGCAGCAACCAGACUCCUAUAAUAAGGUCCCACCACAUAGAUGCACUCUGACAGAGAGAUGGCCAUCCCCCGGAUGUUAAACUCCAACACUCCAUUCACCGUUGUUGCUGGUGGCUCUGAGGUCUCUUUUCUGGGGAAAGAGGAAAACAGCCAAGGAUGCGAGGAGGAGACGGACUCGCUGGUUCGGGCCAUCGGACCCCAUCUGAGCCAUGUAAUGGAGCACGGCACCGCCAAACAUGUGAUAACAGACGGUCUGGAGGGGAUUCCUUGUGUGUCCAUAGUGGCACAAGCUGAGAGCGAGGACUUUCAAGAGUUCACUCCAUCCAGCACUCAGCAUCCCUACCCACAGUUUCACCUCCUCCAGAACCACAGAUCUCCCAGUGAGGAUGCUGACGUAAUAUGCGACUCUGAUGAUAAGGAUUUGAAUGAAGAAUUUCACCAAUCCCUCCCCAGGAAACAGCGCAGGAAAUCUCGAUGGCGGAAGAAGAUGGAGGGGGAUGAACCUCCAGUUAUCCAAGGUUUGUGGGUGCAGGAGAUCGACUGGUUGAAGGCGACUUUAUCCGCUGAGAUCAUCCCUCCUCCUCCUCAGUUCACUGACUCCUGCUGCCUGCUGGACUCCUGCAUGUCUGAGCAUUCGGACGACUCGUCCAGCUCUGAUGACAGAGAGGGCUCAGACUGGGAAUCUGUUUUCACUCAUGAGAAUGAGUCAGACUCAUCUGCUGCUGAUCAAUUUGGAUUAGAUUCACACAUUUUUGAUACGACCUCUGACCUGGUGAACAUCUCUGGUUUCGACUCCGAUUGGGACUCGGACUCUUCAGAGUUUGUGCAAAGCUUGCAGGAAAUUUCUGACUCAUCGCAAACAUCUUAUACUUUUGAAGACAGUGACUCAGAAUUUGAUGAGCUUAAAGGCAGAGUGAUGCAGAUACCGAAACUCUUCAUUUCAACUUUCUUUCACAACUCAGUAAAACAGAUACUGGAUAACUGGACGACCACAAAACCUGCCAACGAGGGACUCAUAUUCCAUCAUCUCUUACAGCCCAACAAUUUUCAGUACAGAGAGGGAGAGGAGUACUUCGUUCUUCAGCACAUCCAGAACGGCUCAUAUGGUGAUGUCUACUGUGUUCGGGAUAAAAGCACCGGAUUUGAAUGUGCAGCUAAAAGGAUUCCCUUAAGUCACUUUAGCAGUGAGGAGGUGAAGAUAUGGAGUGCUCUGAACUCCCCCAGAGUUGUAGAGCUGUUUGGGGCAGUGAGGGACGGGCUCAGCGUCAUUCUCUUCAUGGACCUAAAACCCGCCUGCUUAGCCCAGCUUCUAAAGGAGAUGACCUGCCUUCCUGAAGACCUGGCCUUGCAUUACUUUCAUCAAACUCUGGGGGCGCUGGAGCACCUGCACCACAGGAAGGUGGUACACCUAGAUGUGAAAGCUGACAAUGUGCUGCUGUCUGCAGACUGCAGAGACACAUUCCUUUGUGACUUUGGUCUCUCAGAGAGCUUGGAUGACAGUGGAUGGAGCACUAAAGCAUUUAGAGGAGCAACCUUUCCCGGGACAGAGACCCAUAUGGCCCCAGAGGUGGCGCGGGGAGAUCAAGUGUGCCCCAAGGCAGAUGUGUGGAGCAGCUGCUGUAUGCUAUUGCACAUGCUCAAUGGAUGCCAGCCAUGGAUACGCUUCUAUUCCCCCCCACUGUGUCUUCAGAUUGCGAAUGAACCUCCACCUCUGUGGGAGGUUCCGUCCAAAUGUAACAACUUCACAGCCAAUGUAUUUAGGGCCGGUCUGCAGAAAGACCCGGACAAACGAGCGUCGGCCAAGGACCUGAGGAGGAAAACUACCAAAGCCCUCAGAGCAGUUGGUGGUCUUAGCCCUUCCUCUGUCAAAACUGCCUGUGAGAAGUUGCAUCAUAGCCAACAUAAAGACAAACUCAUUUCUCUGAGAGAACCAUCACCCCAAACCACCUCCCCGGAUCCGGCCAUGAUGUGGGUGAGCCCGUGGAGGACAGUGGCAGUGGAAGAGGACACCACUGAGGGGAAAGGUGACAUCUCAGAGACAGAGUCCAUAGCAGGGGAAUGGGACUCCCACCCCAAGUCACUGCGAGAUGAUUACAUGUAUGAACCAGAGCAGGACAACGACUCUGAGUCAGAAGUGGACAUAUACAUAGGAGAGGAUGAGGAGCGCAUGCAGGACAAGUGGCUGAAAACUGAUGAAGACUAUGAGGGAGAUUGGGAGGAGGAGGAUGAAGAGCGGGACUCCUCUGCCUCCUCAGAGUACCUCCGUACGCUCCGAGACAUGUUCCCUUUGCUUCGCAGAGGGCUGCAAACAGAUGAAGCUUCAUGGGGCUCAGAGGCGGAGCUAGAAUAUCUCAGGGAUGAUGUUCCUGUAGGAACCACAGUCCAGACUCUGUCCCCAGAACCUCGGGAUGAACCUCCAUCUUGCUUCAGCUGCUCGGACACAUCGCAGUUAGAUGAGGAGUCAGAACACUCAUCCGAUGACCUCAGUUCUGGAGUGUUUUCUUCCUGCAACAGUCACUCUGGCAGACAGUUGGCAUGGAUACCUUCAGCUGAUCAGCCCUCUUCACACUGCUUUGAGGGUGUUGACAUCUGGAUUGAGAACACUCAAGGGGAGUGUUUCCGGAUCCGAGAACGGCGGAGGGUCAAAGUGGGUCAUGUUGCCAUAGGAAUCAGUAACCAGAUCUCAGGGAAGACUUUUACAUUGGAGACUCUGGACAGAAAGACGGUUUCCUUUGAGAAGGAAAUCACUGAGUCAGGAUCAUGGUUCCGCUGUGUUCCUGCUUCUGACAGAUGUCAGCGCUGGAGCUGGAGAGUCCAAGAUGGGAAGCUGGAGCUCAGAGAAUGAGACAUUUAUUGCUCAACUGGGUCAAUUUUGUUCCAAAACACAGCAUGAGAUCUUAAAACCCUCAGAGCUUGAAAUAAUCUGAGCUGGGACCUCAGGACAUCUUGAUUUUGAUAUUCUCACAGCGUGGAGGCUGCUGAUGUACAGCAAGCACCCAUAAGGUUCUGCUGCAAGUCCAGCAUGAUGGGUCAACUCUCGCUGGAGUGUGGUAAAAAAUU